AUGGAGCAAUUUCUUUCGCUGGUCGGCAUGCAGGCCAUGAAGCUCGCCGUCAGGUCGGGCAUCGUCUUUACGUCUUCACAACUCUUUGGAGAACUCAAAACCCUGCAAGACGAGCUCGACAGUAAAAUUAAGAUUAUCACACCAGCAAUAAACCUAAUCGAACUUAAAUCCGGACAAGGGAAUAGCGCUCUAGAAUCGGCUUUAACGCUUACAGCAUCGCUGCAGAACGAAAUCACCUUACUAGGCCACAAGAUCGCAACCCUGACUCCUCUCCAAACCUGCCACGCAGCCACGAGCCACCUGAUUGUCGACAUCAGGGCACUGCUUCAUCGCAUAAACGAAAGCAUUCCUCUUCUCCAGCUCGCUAUUUCAGCAUCUGGAGAAACUUUGUCAAGCAAAUUACCCGAUUCUGUUUCGCCUUCGCGAAUGCUUCAGGCUAGUGCUUUUCUUAUGAUCGCCGACAGCCACUUCACGGCCGAACCACGAACGAAAGUCCAAGUUGGACCAGACUUCAUCGUGUCAGUAUACAUGAUUUUCAAAGGUUACUCAUAUGAACUUUCUGAGAAGUCUGCCAACCACAGGAAGUCUCAAAAGCUUGACUUUGACAGCAUAAGAAAGCCCAUGUGGCAGGAAGUCUUGCACAAAGCUCGUCUAAGAGUCUACCGCAGACCUUGCCGGCAAACUAAAAUACAGCAAAACAGGUUACUGAGCCCUUCGGAAUACUCCUAUUAUCUCGAAAUUAAAGAAGACAGAGAUGACGGAAGGCUACAUGAUGAUUCGAAAAGCUCUGCAGAAAGCAGCGAGUCUGACCUGAUACCAAUUACCGAAAUCACCAAACUGUUGUACACCAAUUCUGCCGCCAUUCUCAACAUCAAAGACGACUCGGAAGCCUGCAGUACUCCAAUAUUGUUGCUGAAAAGGGAGCCAGACUUCACCGAUACUGGUAAUGCCGCACCUAAUCUUGAUACAUCAGAUGAAGAGACGCAGCAUCGCAUAGACUGCCAAAUUCUUAGUGAAUGUAACGGCAUAACAUACCAAAGCCAAAUUGUUGAUUCGACUACCUCCCCACCGUAUGAACCUCGGAUUCCGUCAUAUCUUGAUCCUGAAUGGAUCGCUCUCGAAAUGUAUACGGCAGACGCACCUGACGAGAGCCAAGGCGACAAGAGUAACGCGGAGUCUACGCUGGAGUGUAGUGACGAAUCUGAACAGGGAACAGAUCGGGAUACUGCAUCAGAAGGCGUUGCAAACCAACUAAGCUCGCUUUCCCUAGAAUGGAACAGUUCUCAGCGAAGCGAGGAUACGCCAUUACUACAGGAAACGGCCACCAGUAUCAGCCAGGAUGUGCCAAACAACCUUUUCAGCAUGGUUACUACAUCAUUGUCUCUUCUUGAGCUUGUAAUCCGGCUGGCCGUCUUGCAAGAAACACAGCAAAAGUCGCAUCUAUCCAUUCCCGAUCACGUACUUACAUCCUUCUUGAACGGAACAGUGCAGCCCAAUGAUGGAGGAAACAGUAACUCGGCCAGAGUAGGCGUGGUAGUUGAUACAGUGAUGCCGAGUGGUAGCUAG